AUUAUCGAAGUGAAACCACAAGACACAGCAGCAGAUGUUACCAACUGUGAUGUUUACGUUAAAUACUUGUCAAAUUAUUUACCUAAGUUGUAAAUAGUCUUCAGAUGUAUUUAGUAGUUACCUCUACGCAUGAUUGAGGGACAUAAUUUAAAUGGUAUCAAGAAUAUUUAGAGACACUGAAAGUACUGAACUUAAUAGAAGACGACAGAUUGACACAUUGAAAGUCUUCAAUGAUAAUGUGACAGAAAUCCAAGAGGAUGUUGAAUACAAAGUGGAAUUUACUUCAGGAGGAAACAACAUGGCACUGUUAGUAGUUUUAGGUCCGGAUUUUCCAUUAACAAGGCCGGUUUUAAAGAUAAGGCCAGACAUUGUGCACCCAUGGGUGAAUGAAAGUAGUGAAGUUGUCACUGCACCAGGCCUUAUAAAUUACACUGCCCAUUCUGAUCUGGGACGUGUUGUUCAUGCUAUUAUUCGAGAAUUUCAACUCAGACCACCACAGCUUUGUACUGAUAUUGGUGCAGGUGCAUCUUCUAGUCAACAAAAUGAUGUGAAUUCUGAUGGGAGAUCAUCACCACUGUACGGAGUCAUGUACCAAACAAGUCUCCUUUCAUCCAAUUGUAAUUAUGGAGGAAUGUCUCAGUAUUCUGUACAUAAUAAUGCUGCAGCAUUGCACUUAUGUCCUCGAGGAACUCUAGCUUUUCCAGAUUUAGCAAAGCUGACAUUGGAGGAACUAAAGAAAUUGGAUGAAAAUGUUGAUAGGCAAGAUGAAUUCCUCCUCCAGCAUCAUCCAGAUUCACAGAAGGUAGACAUGUCCUUGGAAAACAUGUUAAUGAACAAUGAGGAAGUUGCAAAAGAAAAUCUUUCCAAAGAACCACGAUUACAACAUUUGAAAACUGUUGUUAAAAAGAAAUUGGAUGUGGUUGCCUCAUUGAAAGCUCAAUAUGAAAGUCAUAGCAAUGAAUACCAAAAGCAAUCUGAAAAAUAUGCUCCAGACAAUAUAAGGGAUAAUUUACGAAUAGCUACUGUGUGUACAGAUGAAGAGAGUGAAAGAGUGGCUGACGAGUUCCUAAACAAACAAUUGGAUGUUGAAACAUUUGUAACAUCAUACAUGGAAAAAAGAACGUCAUUUUAUUCCCGUAAAACGAGAGAAGAAAAACUGAGUCGCCAGUUACAAGAGUUGGAACGAGCUGGGUACUGAAAGUAUUGAUAUUAUUUUGGUGCUUUGCUUUUUAAGAUUUUAUUACACAAAAGCAUUAAAGAUUACACUGUAUAUGUUCAUUCUGGUGGUGUGUCUAUGUGCAAGUGUGUAGGAAAUGCUAUUUAUUGAACUGUGUGUCAACUGCUUUUUCUCUAUAUUGUAUAUAAGGUAUAAAUGAUUCUCUGCUAACUAAAUAUUUGGUUGGUACCAUGUUGGUACUGUGCAAUUUUACUGGUAUGUUUUACUGCCACAUUCAUGAUGCACAUUUUUAAAUUGGUUUGAUAAUGGUGGCCAGUGAAACAUGUUAUGCAUGUGACGGAAUAAUACACAUUUUGGAACAAUAAAUUUGUAUUUUUCCAAAUUUGAAUGACAUUACCAUUUACCAAAAGCUUUAUAUAAAAUUUUUCUGUUUUCCUUUUAUUUGUAUUUUUCACCCUUAAAACAUUUCUAUUAUCCUUGAAUCCUUUUCUCUUUGUAAUAUGACCAAACAAUACAAGUUCAGAAGCCCUACAAUUAUUUAUGAAGUGAUGAAGUUUGGAGAGAAGUAACCAUGAUAUUGUUUUAUUAUGAAAUGAAGUUACUAGUGAACAGAUUAUCUAUUAACUUUUCUCUUCUUUAAAAAUUUAGAGCCUCAUGAUCUGAAGUAUUAAGUUUAGUCAUUAAUUUAUUUUUAUUGGAUGGGAUAAUAAGUUGUGCUUCGGUGUGCCUUACAGUUGUCAGAACUGAGUCACAUGCUAUUAAUUUAUAAUAAUAUAUCUAAUUAAUGGACUGUUCAUGAGAUGUACCCUAUUUGCCACUUAACACAUAUGUUCUUUCUACAAUUGGCAAACAAGACCCUCCUUUCUAAAAUUUUGAUGAGAAAUAUUAUGAAUUUGUUUCUAGAAAAAUUGAUUUAGUCCCUUCUCCAGCUUUAAAUGUUUCAAUUUGAAAUUUCCAAUUUCCAGUCAUAUGGGUUCUUCAAGUCUUUCUUACAGAGUUGAAAUUUCUUUUAUGAAAAUAGUAUGGAUAAUUUCUCUUUCCAUCUAAUGAAAUAAAUUCAUUAAAAUUUGAAUGAUGACAAUAAAUAUUGUAUCAUUUGUUUAUUGUUCUUAUUACUUUUAGUUCUUUUACAUUUUCUACAAACAUGCUCUGAUUAUUUUUGCUACUACUGAAGCAAAACCUUAUUAAAAUGGCAACAGUGAUUCCAGUAAUGCAAUUACUACUUAUCAAGGUCUUCACUCCUAGUAAAUGAAUGCCAUUAUUGCUUCUUUGUCUUGUAGUUGACUGAAGGUUCAAUCCAUAGACAUUCUUCUCAAAAUAGUCUACCAAUGACAUGUGUUGGAAUUAUAUACUGAAAUUGUCCCUAAGUUAUAUGAUCAUAACCAUUUCUGAGAUCUCUUGUCAGAUAAUUCCAAUAUUCACAACUCUCUCGAGAAAUAAAAUGUAAGUGUAGUGAUUCAUUCAGGAAUAUUUCAGUC